AUGGCAGGAAAUUUAGAAAGAUUGUUUGAAAAAUGGCAAAAUUCUUUAAAUGAAGCAGAGGAUUUCAUUUGGUUAGAAUCCACCAAAGCAUCAAUAAACUUAUUAUAUAAAGGUCAUUCUAUUACAAUAGGUUUUCCAACUGACAUUAAUGAUAUAAAAGGAUUUACUUUUUCAAGUAAAGAAAAACCUAUUGAUCAAUGGAUAAGUAAAGUUAAUUCAGAGAUUCAAAAUAAUAGCUCUAUAAACUCGUUCACUGAUAUUUUAUCAAUGUCACUAGAUAAAUAUAAUAAUAAAAAUAAAAUCGAAUCGGAUCAAGAGGUUUUAGAUGAAGUUGAAGAUGAAGAUAGUAAUAUGGGUGAUCAUGAAAGUGGAAAUAUGGAGGAUAUCGAAGAAAAUGAUUUUGAUGAUGAAGAGGAUGAAGAAAUUGACGAAUAUGAGGAUUUAAAUGACGAAACAUUUGAUGGUGAUCAAUUCCAAGAAGCAUUACAAACAUUAAAAAUGAAAAAAAUAUGGGCUAAAAAGGAUCAAGAAAUUAGAGCUAAACUUGGGGAAAGAAAAAAGAAUGAUAAAGUAAAGACUAUUUUCAGUAGUGAUGCUGCUUUUGGUGUUUUAACAAAUGAUCUUUUUAAUAUUAUGCAAAAUGUUCAUUCUUUAGGUUUUUCAGCAACACCAAUCGAAGACAAUAUUUAUUAUUGGUCUGUUAAAAUUUUUGAUUUCGAAAAAGAUUCAAAAAUUAGUCAACAACUUCAACAAAUUAAAAAAGAGUUUGGUUAUGACUAUAUCGAAUUGCAAGUUUUAUUCACUGAAGAUUUAUAUCCAUUUUAUCCACCAACUAUUAAAUUAAUUAGACCAAGAUUACAAGUAUGUGAUAUGAGAUUUGUACUCAAUCAUUUAAAAGAAGUACUUCAAAAGUAUGGAUCAUUGGAUGUCAAUAACCCAAUGAAUGCAACUUCUAAUACCGGAUCAUAUUCAACAUUAGAGCAUAGUUUAUUAAGAUUAGAACUUCUUAGUGACACUGAACCAAGAGCAAAUAUGAAAUAUGGUAUAGAAAGUACUAUGAUCAAGCCAGUAAAAGCUUCACCAACACCUAUUACUAAUACCAAAACCCCAGGUAAAAGAGAUCCAUUCGAUAAAGAAUGUUGGGCCAAAGGCACUGGUUAUGGAAGAGGUAGCUCAAAGAGUGGGUGGAAUGUUGAUGCUUUUCUUGCAGCUCAAAAAGAAAGAGAUAACGAAAUUAAAGGCUUACUUUGUAUUAUCCAAGAAGAAAUUGAAAAAAAUCGACCUCCACUCGAUGUACUAGAAGAAUCAUGUUUAAUCCCAUUCAUAGAAAGUUAUUGCCGUGAAAUCUCAUUACUGGAUGUUGAAAGACAUUCCGAAAUUUGGUCCACUCUCUUUAAACUUUUAAAUACUCUUUUAGACUAUGAUAUUUAUAUUUCUGUAUUCUGUCAACUUCAAUUCCAAACAAGAUCAUUGGGUGACUACAUUAAUGAUAUUUCAAAACAAAUUACAUUGUUUUUAAAGAGAAUAAAUGAUCAAAAGGAUCCAAAUUCAAAACUAUAUGAAUCCAUUAUCAAAGUUAACGAAAAAAUGAAUAAUAGAAUAAAUCAAUUAAAUGAUGAAUUAAAAGCAUUAGAACAAAACAGAACAAAAUUAACAAUUAGUGAAACAAAUGAAAAUGUAGAGGAUCAAUAUAUUAAAGUAUUAAAACCAUAUCUUUUCGACUCUGGCAACAUCGUAACAAACAAAGCCAAAACGGCAUCAUCACAAAAAAGAACCAUAAGAAUUGCACAAGAGCAAGCAUCAUUAAUUAAAUCUUUACCAUUUAAUUUCGAUAGUAGUGUUUUCGCAAGGGUUGAUGAAGAUAAUAUAGACUGUAUGCAAGUUUUAAUUACUGGUCCAAAAGAUACUCCUUACAGUGGUGGUUGUUUCUUAUUUAGUGUUAAUUUUCCACAAGAUUUCCCCGACUCACCACCACAUGUUUUGCUUUUGACAACUGGUGGUGGUACAGUACGUUUUAAUCCAAAUCUUUAUGCCAAUGGUAAGGUUUGCCUUUCUUUAUUAGGUACUUGGUCAGGAAAUGCAGGUGAAACUUGGAAUGCAAAUACAUCCACACUUUUACAAGUAUUCGUUUCAAUUCAAUCAUUAAUUCUUGUACCUGAUCCAUUCUUUAAUGAACCAGGUUACGAAUCUCAAAUAGGCAGCAGAACAGGUAAAGUUAACUCUCUCAACUAUAAUCAAAAUUUAAUUCCUUCAACUGUUGAUUUUGCAAUGAUCGAAAUGAUUAAAAAACCACCUCCUGUUUUUAAAGAUAUCAUUACUGCUCACUUUUAUUAUCAACGUCAAAAAAUUAAACAACAAUGUGAUCAAUGGAUUGAACAAUUUAAAGAAUCUAAAAAAGAUGUCACUAAAUUUUUAAAAUCUGUAAACACUUUGACUGAAGAAUUAAAUAAAUUACAAAAACCAAAUCUUUAGAAAAUGAUCAAAUAAUAAUAAUAAUAAUACUAAUAAUAAUAAUAACAAUAAUAAAAAAUAGUCAUCAAAAUAAUAUUUAAUUAAUUUUUCAAUAAAAUUUUUUUCAUAAAUU